AAGACUGAGCUGCGCCUGCGCGCUGGCGGGCCGGGGAAGAUGCCGUCGGUUGCGACGGUGGUGCGGCGGGGCGGUGGGUCCGCGCAGCCCGAGCAGCCAGCGCACUACACGUAUCUAAAGGAAUUUAGGACAGAGCAGUGCCCCCUAUUUUUGCAGCACAAGUGUACCCAGCACAGACCAUUUACCUGUUUUCAUUGGCAUUUCCUAAAUCAGCGUCGUCGUAGACCUAUACGAAGGCGUGAUGGGACUUUUAACUACAGUCCAGAUGUUUACUGUACGAAAUAUGAUGAGACUACAGGAAUCUGCCCAGAUGGAGAUGAUUGCUCUUACCUUCAUCGAACAACAGGCGAUACCGAAAGGAAGUAUCAUCUCCGAUAUUACAAGACUGGAACAUGCAUUCAUGAAACAGAUGCCCGAGGUCACUGUGCAAAGAAUGGAAUUCACUGUGCCUUUGCUCAUGGGGCACAUGACCUUAGACCACCAGUAUAUGAUAUAAGAGAACUUCAGGCAUGGGAAACCUUACAGAAUGGGCAGCUAGGAUGUGGUGAAGGCAUUCCAGACCUGCAGCCAGGAAUUUUAACAAGCCAGGCAAUGAUUGAGAAGAUCCUUAGUGAAGACCCAAGAUGGCACGACACAAAUUUUGUAUUAGCUGGCUACAAGACAGAGCAGUGUACCAAGCCACCCAGACUCUGCCGCCAGGGAUAUGCAUGUCCACACUAUCACAGUAGUCGAGAUAGAAGACGAAAUCCCAGAAAAUUCAAGUACAGGUCCACUCCUUGCCCCAAAGUAAAACAUGCAGAUGAAUGGGGUGAACCUUCAAGGUGUGAAAGUGGGGAUAGCUGUCAGUAUUGUCAUUCUCGUCCAGAGCAGCAGUUUCAUCCUGAGAUAUAUAAGUCUACAAAGUGCAAUGACAUGCGCCAAACAGGUUACUGCCCACGUGGUCCAUUUUGUGCAUUUGCACAUGUUGACAAGGACACCAUGAAUGUAGUCAUACUGCAAACUGGUUGUCAAUCAAAGCCAGGCGCUCACCUGUUUUCAGCAGACAGCGUAGGAAUUGCAAAUGAAUGGAGCAGCAGUCAUAACUCCACAAACAGCAUUACAAAUAGCAGUGGGCAGUCUGGAAAUAUUUCCUGUUCUUCAAGUCCAGCUGUAACAUCAAGUUCUGGUAGCAGUAGUUCUUUAUCUCCCCUUGGACCUCUCUGUAGACAGAGAUCAUUAGCAAAUGGCAUUUUGUGUUCUGAGUCUAGCACAUCAGGUGUUUCUUCACCGACAUCUAGCUAUCCAAAAGCACCAGGCUUUGAAAGAGAAGAUCAGGCAAAGCAUCGAAGCUUCCCAGCUGAGAAUCGGCAGAAAUCAAAUGAACAAAACAACAAGCAGAACCAUCUCAGUGUUUUUUCAGCCAUUAACCCACUUGCUUCACAUGUAACUUCUAGUCUGGCCUCCAGUGUUGGAUCAGAUCGUUCAUCUCCUAUAGCUGUCCCUUCUAUUACUGCCAAAGCUCUCCCAUUCUAUUCUGGCAGUAACACAGUUGAACCAGUUGUUGGUUCUGGUUUAGAUUUGCAUUUUAAUGAUGUGAACGUUGCAUCUGUAAAUAGAGACUUAGAAGAUCAAGAAGGCAGUGACCUUGGAUUAACAAGUCAAAGAUUACUGGGAAGUUCAGCACCUGUCAGUAUUCCAGGUUCUCUUGUUCGUUCCUCAUCUUUACAUUCAUCAUCAUCCCUUUCAACUUCUCCACUCAGUUCUCUUUCACAAUCGCUGUCUCAGUCUUUUGUUUCAUCUGCUACGGCUCCUUUCCACCAGUUGCCUUUGAAGACAGAACAUAGCAUGUUAGGCACCUCAGCCUCUUCUCACAACUCUUUAGGUUUAAAUGGUGUUACAGGGAGCACUUGGGACUUCAUAACUGAGAAUUUCUCUCCUAGUCCAUCCCCAGUGCUAAGCAGUGGCACUACCCCCUCAAUAAGUUCAAACACAACUGGGAAUGAACUAACUCAAGUUAGACAGGAACUUGAUGAUGCCAAGAGAAAACUAAAACAAUGGGAAGAAUCUUGGCAGCAGGUAAAACAGGCAUGCGAUGCAUGGCAGAAAGAGGCUCAAGAAGCAAAAGAACGUGCUAACAUCGCAGAUGCCGACAAACAGCUCGCUCUUCAGAAGAAGGAGGAAGCGGAAAGCAAAAUAAAAAAGCUAAAGGCGCAAUUAGCUGCUUGUCUGUGUACUACACUGCCUUAUAUGAAAAACUGUGGUGAUAUAGAUAAGAUAUCCUUGCCAAAGCUUCGUUCCUUACAAAAUCGGCUGCACUCAGAUUUAGAAACAAUAGAUGAGGUGAUUUUUCAGCUUCAAUCAAAGAAGUGUAUCAUAUGUCAGGAAGGUGAUCAUAGCAUUAUCCUGCAUCCACAUCAACAUUAUGUACUUUGUGAUCACUGUGCAGCUGCACAAGAGGAAUGUCCCUGCUGCCAGAAAAAAAAAAAACUGUGGUAACAUACAUGCAUAGUACUCCUGUCAUGUUUAUGAAUUAAGUAAUUUUGUGGGUUUGUAUUUUGUAUAAGAAUUAUGUCACUCAUAAUUAAUCAAUUUAGUAAUGCUAGACUGAUUUCUAUUUUGAUGUAAGAAACUUAGUUGCUUUAAAAUAGAGAAUAAGGCCUGCUCACCUUUACACAUCAACUUCAGUCAUUCGAUGAGGUUCUAUAGUCUUGGGUUUUUUUCAUUCCCCCUCAAACCCAUUACAGCCUUUUCUGACUCACUUAUAUUCCUAGUGCACAAGCUACUUCGGUUCAUUUGCAUUGUAAUCACUUUGUAUAAAUUUUUCCGUAAUGCCUGAAUGAAGUGUUUAUACCUGUUUUUUUUUCAGUAACAGAAGAUGGAUACAUAGAUAUGGUAACUACACACCCAACAGUACAAAUGGUCCUUUUGCCAUGUCUGUUGUGUGUGGAACACCAGAGCUAGUUUUUGGAAUUGGUCUAACACUAUGUUUACAUGGAUGUUUGAAAAACUCUAAUUAAAAUAAAAGCACAUUUGAAUUAAUGUGUUUUGUUAGAAGAUACGUUGUAAAUUGCCUCAAGCUGCUUUCUAGGUCUUACGUUUAUUUUUUAAUAUGCAGUAAUAUGAUGUGUUAUAUGUGUACUGUGAGAAUAAAUAUUUCACGUGGUUUUACUGUUAAAUCACAAUAUGAUUAAAUAGUAAUGACAAUUUACAUAGUUUUUUUUCAAUUUAUAAGUUAACUGUGUACUGUAGUAUUUAUAAAUGUACCAGCAGAGACAAAACCAGAUCAGUUCUAGUGAACAACUGUGUAUUUGCAUAUUUCCCUCAGUUUGGAUGUUUGUAGUCCUGAAGUGUUUGUGUAUCUCCUAACUUGGGUGAUACACAUCAGGCGCAAAUAUGAUGCAUGUAAUAUUGCCAAGUGCCUAUGCCCAAUAUCCUGUGAAAUGACAGAAGACAUAAAAAAAUAAUUUUGCAAAUAAUUUCUAUUGCUUAAUUUUGUAUUAAACAAUUUUACAAUAACUAGACUAAAUUUCUUGCUUUUAGCAAGUAUUUUAAAGCACACUUUUUUUCAGAAAUGAAAUAAUGCAUGUUUGAGAGGAACUACAAAACUACUUAAGUAUGUAGUCAAGCAGUGGCAGUUUGACACAGUGAUUCCUUUAGAAGGUGAUAAUAUCCUUACUUCAUCCUGGUAUUUGGGAGCAUGCAAUUCAGGGAGAGAAGGUAAUUGAUUACUGCAUGUAUAUUUUUACUUUUCUUACCUGGAAUAAUUGCCUGCAUUACUCUCUUCCCCCCCCCCCCCCCCCCCAGCCUAUUAAAUUCAGGUGUGGCACUGGUACAGCUUAGACUGAAAUGACCUACUACUGUGUUACAUGAUUUGUAUCUCCAGAUUACUGUAUUCAGUACAAAAAGUGAGUUCAUACAUGCAGCAAAGAGUUAAUACAUUUAAAGUUCAGUCAUGUUAAAAUAAGAAAACGUAUACUGAAACUAUUGUUGACAAAAUAGAGCUUUUAGAACUGUGUCAGCAUUAAAUGAAGGGCCCAAGCCAGUAUUACUGAAAUCACU